UCCUCGCGAUCUAAAAAGGAAGGGAGGAAAAAAAAAAUUCGAUCUCCAAAAAAAUGGCGUUCCAAAAAACCCUAGCUCAUCGAUUCCUUCACGUAGCCAAAUCCUGCUCCGCUCACCUCCGACCAUCCGCUACCCGAAAGAUCGUACCCGAAUCCGACAGAGGCCUCACCCGCCGCUUCCUCCACAAGGAUCCGAUCCCCCCCGAUCGCUUCCCCAUUGCCGUCGCCGAUGGUCUAAUUGAUCGGGUUCGGAUCCUUAAUGGGUCUCGGAUCCGGCUCGAUUGCUUGAUCCCGCCAAAGAAGGAGGAAGGAGAGACCAGGAUGUCGGCGGAGGAGGUGAGAAAGGUGAUGAAGGCGGCGAAGAUGGAGAUGGCGAGGUCGAGGUUGAGAUCGAUGGAGAAAGAAAGGAUCUCGUAUUCGGAGUUUUUGAAGGUUUGCAGUGAGAUAUCGAGUUUGGAUCAGGGGUUGGGGAUCGCGAAAGCUCUCGAUGAGUCGGGGGCUGUGAUUGUUUUGGGCAAUGUCGUGUUUCUUCGGCCCGAUGAGGUAGCUAAAGCCGUUGAGAGCGUAAUCCCUCUAUCAAUCCCCCAGCAUAAUCCUCUAUCAAUUCCCCAGCAGAAGAAUCAGUGCCAAAAGGAGGAGCUUCGAGAGCUUGAAGAGCAGAAAGCAGCAAUAGAUAAACUCGCAGAGACUGGCGUUAAAAGGGAGCUAUGGUGUGGUCUCGGAUUUAUGUUAAUACAAACAAUUGGAUUGAUGAGGCUUACAUUUUGGGAGCUCUCAUGGGAUGUAAUGGAGCCCAUUUGCUUUUACUUAACCUCCAUGUACUUCUUGGCUGGGUAUGGAUUUUUCCUCAGGACAUCAAGAGAACCUUCGUUUGAGAGUUUCUUUCAGAGUCGGUUUGAUGCGAAGCAGAAAAAGCUCAUGAAGGCCUACAGUUUUGAUCUUAAUAGGUUUAAUGAGCUCAAGAAGGGUUGUGCUGCUUCUUUGGCUUCGUUUCCUUCUGAGGGCUGUGCUAGCUCUUUUUGUGAUUGCCGUGCAAAAGGCAUGCAGGUUGCAUUUUGAAGUCAUUUGCUUGGUGGAAAAAGUGUACUGAAACAAAUUACAUUACAUUGUUAAAUCAAAUGUUGAAAGAAUCAUUUUUCAAAUAGUGAUAUUGUUCUUAUGGUA